AGUGAUGUGAAUUCGGUAAUGAUGCCUUCUGUUGACUGGCCAGGCGUAGAUGGUAUUUCUGCUGGUCGGUCUGCUGCCAUUGGUGCACUUUGUAGAAUUAUAUGUUCUAAAAACAGCCAGGAAGCACUGUCUGAUUUGCAGCUUGCUCAGUUUUAUAAGGUCAUGUAUGAGGCUUUACAAGAAAAAGAUCGAUUGGUUCUUUGUUCCUUGAUAUAUUAUGGAGGAAGUAUGUUUUCCCUUGGCUUGAAAGGUAUAGAAGUUUUACUGCCGCAGUUCGUGCUUGCCAUCGACAUCAUUUUAACCGAAUCUACUAAACUGAGAUUACAUCCGUCUAUCAGUGAGGUUGAUAUGCGCCGAGCUUGCCUGGAGGCGUUCUCUUCUGUACUUGCAUGGCCCACCACUUUCGGUCCUGCCCGCAUUCCAGAGCAUUCAACGGCGUAUAUUGAACUCCUUCCGCGCGUUCACCGAAACCUUGUUUAUUCUUUACGGCACGAAACUGACCCGUGUAAUCUACAUCUCACUUUGGGUACGAUUUUAAAUUUAAAUACUGACUCUUCUAUUACGGAAAAAUUGGUCUAUAUUUUAGAAGACAUGUCAACUGGCUUUCUUAUUGUAACUUCCCUUUGUCGUUUUAUUGACAUGCAGUUGACAAAGCCGCCUCCUUUACAUUCGAGAGAUCUUCACUCAUCAGUUGUUGCUGCAUUUUCCAGUUUGGUGGUUUGGCUUUGUGCAGCUCCUAAUUUAGUUGAGACUGAAUCUUGUUUGACAAAUGUGGCAGAAGUGAUUGAGUUUGGGCUGACUGGUGGAAAGAAUUUGCCUGAAACACAAAGGAAACCUGCUAGCAAGCGAGUUAGGGAUGCUGCAGAGCAUUUACUUUACAACUUGCUCUCAUCUGUGAGUCGUGGAGAACAAAAAGAUAUUGUAGACGAAAGGACUUUAGCCUAUAUUUAUGGGGAUAAUUUAGUUGACCUUUCAAAGUUUAAACAUUUUCUAGUGAAGCAGGACACUUUGCUGUCGAUUCACAAUGCUACAAAUUCACUUGUUGCUCCAGGUCGUCCUGCUUUAUUUUUUAUUCUUCGUUCUCCUCACCACGCGGCUGUAGCAGCUUUAGCCCAGUUAUUUUCGAGCACAAACGAUGAAGAAGCUUCUGAAGAGAAGGAUAUUGAUACAGUGCGGCCUGAAGAACGUAUUUUAGCAGACCCAAAACCAACACAAUUGAAGAACUUUGAAAUACCAGCUGGUUUUGACAUACCACGAUGUAAAUUUUUGGAUGUUCAUUUUAGAGACUCUUCUACCUCAGAGACAGAUCGCAUUAUGACCGAGUUGAAUGGGAUUCGGAAAAAAAUUCAGCAAGGUGAAAGUGUUGUUCGAUCGUCUGAUGAACGCAACGUCUGGUUACAGGAGCCCUUGGCAAGUGUCUUAACAAAACCGCCGGACAAGUGUGACGCGGGACGUGUUUUUUUGUAUGAUAUGGGAUUCUUGUCUGAACCAAUGUUUACAAAUGAAGAAUUUGUGAUGUUAACUUCGGAAAACAGUGACGAGUUCUAUCAAGACUUACAUCAAAUGGUUGAUCGAUCCCCAACUAAACUACUUCAAAGUGUUUGCAUUUUUUACGUGCGAACGAAUCAGCGGAACGUUUCCGAAAUACUUGAAAAUGCUGUUAACCUUGAAAAAACUUGUCCAGAGUUCUGUCAGAUGCUAAGCGAGCUUGGAGAAGUUGUAGAAGUAAAUAGCCAUCCACACUGGACAGGAAAUUGGGCAACUGCUUUUUCAUCUGCAGGAAAACAAACGCGUGAUUCUAAAGAAAAUUAUAAUUGUGUUAUUGAUGGCCUCUCUCACUGUCUUUGGUGGACUGACUCACAAGUUGAAGUAGCGUAUACAAUGCCUAGCGAAAGAUGUGUGAAAUCCGGUGGAGGUGCUUACCAUGUUACUCCACCAACAAUAGUAUGCUCAUUCGACAGUUCUGCUGAGAACGAACAUAAUUUCCAGUCCAAAAAGCUUCAGCGUAAGCUGUUUUUACGAAUACGGUCUUUUCAAAAGUAG